AUGGAAUUUCCUGAACAGCACCUAUCCGUAUCUGAUGAAGUGGAACAAGAGAACGAUGAUUUUCGCUUGCGAUCGGAGUUAAAUCAGUUAAUUGAAGAAGAGUUAGACCAUCUUGACUUCAACGACGUCAAAAACGAAGAUUCUAGCGGUCAUAAACAAGAUUUUCGUAUAAGUGCUCAAGAAACACAAAGUGCGGAAAAUUCAUCCCUAUCGCGCGAUGAUAAUCUCAGUAGGUGUGCUGCGAAAAACAUGUUUGAACUCGAAGAGGCAAUACGUCAUUUUGAGGAUGAUAUAUCCGGUGAGGAGGAAGCUGAAAGUAAUCGGAAAAACCAGCACAACCAGAAUGCUGAAGACUGCAAUGGUUGCUGUGGACCUCAUCCAGACAUGGACAAUAAUCCGGCCCCUUCAUCCGAUUUCCCUCCGAAUGACCUGGGCGGUACCUACUUUGACCCCGUUAGGGCACAUGAAAUCGAGGAGCCGCACCCGUACUUUUCUUCUGUCGGUUCCAAUGCUCCCUACUAUCCCGACUACUGGCCUGCAAACUCAUCGUAUGCCGUUCAGCCCACGCGAUACUAUGCUCCCAGUGCCUACCCUUACGAAUAUGAAGCUGGGGAAUCUUAUGACCCACGUGUCCGGUCGUCCGACUAUUGCCAAGAGACGCAAACCCUGACAGAACCGUACUACUGCAACUCUGGUGUACCCAGACCCGCACAACCUUCUAGAGAACCCAACGCCUUUGACACGCCAUUCUUCGGCGGUUCCUUCUCCAUCUACCCGACCUCAUUUCAGCCUUAUGGUAUGCGACGUCACAUUUUAGUCAGGCCUACAUUGAAAUGCUUUUGCAUUUUUUAA